CCGCCGGGAAGCCAAUGGGGGCGGGCGGCGGCGGGCCGGAGCCAAUGGGCCGGGGCGGGCCGCGGGGCGCCAUGGGCCGCGGCAACGCCGUCCCGCCGCGGGGCAGCGGCGGCGGGCGGUGGGGCUGGUAGCGCGGCUCUUCUUCCCCUCCUCUUCCUCCUCAUCCUCCUUCUCAGCAGUGGCCGCCACCGCCUCCCCCGCCGCGCAGCCGCCGCGCACGGCCCGGCGCCCGCCUCUGGGGGCGCGGCGCUGCCCAGCGACGGGGCUGGCCCGGCGCGGCUCCGUGAGGCGCGGCCGCCUCUUCUUCCCCGCCCCGGCGGGCCCCGCGCGGCGCCAGUGAGCGCCCGGCGGGGCGUGCGCGCCCCUCCCUCCCUCCUUCGCCUGCCUCUCGCUCUCUCUCGCUUUCUCUGUCUCUCCGCCCGCCGUGAGGGCGGGAGGGAAGCGGCAGCCCCGAACGGGAGGCGAGGGAGGCGGCGCGCCGGGAGCCAUGCGGGAGUACAAGGUGGUGGUGCUGGGCUCUGGCGGCGUGGGCAAGUCCGCCCUCACCGUCCAGUUCGUGACGGGCUCCUUCAUCGAAAAGUACGACCCCACCAUCGAGGACUUCUACCGCAAGGAGAUCGAGGUGGACUCCUCGCCGUCGGUGCUGGAGAUCCUGGACACGGCGGGCACCGAGCAGUUCGCCUCCAUGCGGGACCUCUACAUCAAGAACGGGCAGGGCUUCAUCCUGGUGUACAGCCUGGUGAACCAGCAGAGCUUCCAGGACAUCAAGCCCAUGCGGGACCAGAUCAUCCGGGUGAAGAGGUACGAGAGGGUGCCCAUGAUCCUGGUGGGCAACAAGGUGGACCUGGAGGGCGAGCGGGAGGUCUCCUUCGGGGAGGGCAAAGCUCUGGCCGAGGAGUGGAGCUGCCCCUUCAUGGAGACCUCGGCCAAAAACAAAGCCUCGGUGGACGAGCUCUUCGCGGAGAUCGUCAGGCAGAUGAAUCGGCGGCCGCCAAAAAACAAACAGAAAAAAAAAAAAUCGGAAAAAAAAAAAAUAAUCGUGUUGGAAAUGUGGCUUUUUUCGGCAUGUACGUUUCGUCCAGUCUUGGUCGUUGCAUAUUUCCUGUCAGUGUCUGCCGUGGGCCGCUGCCCUGCGCCGGCAGCGGGCACGGGGGAGGAAAGCUUCGGCGAGGAGCGGUCCCUGCCCGCGUGGGAGCGCGGGGCACGGGCGGGGAGCCCCGCCGGGGCGCGCGUGAGGAGCCGCCCCCGCGGCCACGCGUGGAGCCGAGCGCCCCGCCGCCCGUCCCGAGGAUCUCUAUGCAAAGUUGGGUGGUCGUGCCGGGGCGUCCAGCCUGGAGAAUUGCACAUCUGAACUGGGACUUUAACUUAAACACUGAUGCCAAUACAGUGUGGGGUGCCAGAAAGUGUCUGCUGAUGAUUCGUGAAAUAAUUUUCUAUUUUGUUUACCUGCUGUAUCGGAUGGGAGUUUGCAGGAGAGUGGUAGCGUGUUGGGUUUUCCCGUUUUGUUUGUUGUUCUGUGUUUUGGUUUUUUUUUUUUCCUAAAAUCAGCUGUGAAAAUGUUACAAAUCUGCACAAUU